AUGGCUUCGUCCGCCGACAAUGUUGCGCCUAUCGAAAGCAAUGGCGCAAAAAGAUAUGCAGAGACACCUUUACGGAGCGAGGAAGGACCACGAGGCAAUUACAGGUUCAAGAACAAGCGCAUGAAGAACGGUCAUGCUGAGCAGAGUAAAAUCUUGAAAACGAACGGCACCAAUGAGGAAGUUUUAUUGCAGGAUGUUACUGCGCUCAUCAAAAAUCUUAAUCUUCAAAGAGAAGGAAAGGAAGGCUCGACAAUACUGCCAGAGAAGUUCAAAGAGAUCACAGUUGAGAUCAAGGAGAUAUCUUCUACUGGUGAUGGCCUAGGUUUCCAGCACAACUCGGACUCGGAUCAGGUCUAUGUUGUGCCUUUUAGCGCACCUGGAGACAUUGUGACAGCACGACCGCACAAACACUUUGAGAAAGAAAAGUACUCCAUGGCUGACUUCGUCAAUGUCAUCACGCCUUCAAAUCACCGCAAUGACUCUCUUGUAAAAUGUCCCUACUUCGCCAGUUGCUCAGGCUGUCAAUUCCAAAUGCUACCCUACGACUUCCAACUUCAACACAAAAAGACCAUUGUCGAAAAGGCAUACAAGAACUUCUCCAACCUCCCACCCGAGCUCAUUCCCACCAUCGGCGACACAAUUGGUUCACCACUGCAGUACGGAUACCGCACAAAACUAACCCCUCAUUUCGACGGCCCUCCAGACGCCCGUCGAAGUGACGGUCGAAAUGGCAUCAAGCGAACAUUUAAAGAAAUACCCCCCAUUGGCUUCAUGAAAAAAGGAACACGUACAACAAUUGACAUAGAAGACUGUCCCAUUGGCACAGACGCCGUCCGCGCAGGCAACAAGCGAGAGCGAAAACGCGUCGCAGACGCCAUAUCCACAUACCACAAAGGCGCUACACUUCUGCUGCGCGAAGACACAAAGCGUAUUCCCAAAAACGAAUACGAUGUCACAAAGGAAACAGACUCAGAUGCUGUAAUCGAAGACAGAGGCGAGCACAUCCACCGCAAAACAUGUAUAACAGAUCCCAACGCCAAAUCGACAGAGUACAUCUCCGACUUCCAGUUUGUCAACCCAGCUGGUUCCUUUUUCCAGAACAACAACUCCAUCCUCCCUGUCUUCACACAAUACAUACGCGAAAAUAUCCUACCCUCCUCUAAAUCAGCGCCCAAUCAUAAAAUCACCCACUUGAUCGACGCAUACUCGGGUUCCGGCCUCUUCACCAUCACCCUCUCUUCCCUCUUCAAGUCCUCCCUCGGCAUCGACAUAUCCCCCGCUAGUAUAACCUCCGCAUCUACAAACGCACGCUUGAACAAUCUUCCAGAGUCCUCUACACGCUUCAUCGCCGCUGACGCCGCCCGUCUCUUCGCUUCCAUCGAGUCUCCCGCCGACGAAACGGUCGUCAUGCUAGAUCCGCCCAGGAAAGGCUGCGAUGAAUCCUUCUUGCGGCAGCUGGUGCAGUAUGGACCCGCAAGAGUGGUGUAUGUGAGUUGUAACGUGCAUACUCAGGCGAGGGAUGUGGGCGUGCUGGUAGGCGGGAUGAUGGGUGUUGAUGGCGGGUUUGGGAAAGGCGAGGGGUGUUAUGAAAUUGAAAGUUUGAGAGGGUUUGACUUUUUCCCGCAGACGGGGCAUGUGGAGGGUGUGGCUGUGUUGAGGAGGAAGGAGAAUGCUGCGCAGAAUGGAGAGGCGUGA